UUAUCUUAAACAUUGAUCUCAUGAAUUUUAUUUUAGAUUUCAAAUUUCAUAACCUAUUUUGUGUGUGCCCUCACCUUUUUUGUAAUAAAUUGUCAUCGGCAAGAAGUCCGUAACGCAUUUUUAUUCCAAAUUAAAAAUACAACUAUCAAGCAUUUUUAUUCAAAUACGCAAGAAACGAAUACAAUUAAAAUGAAUUGUGGAAUGGAAUGCAUUAAAUAUCUACUGUUUAUCUUUAAUUUUAUUUUUGCGCUUAGUGGAUUGGCAAUUCUUAUAUGUGGAGUGAUUAUUCACAUGUCGAUGGAUUAUGUUAUCAAAGCUAAUAUUGAAGUACCAAUUUCUUCGCCAGCAAUUGUAUUAAUUAUCAUUGGUGCUGUGAUUUUUAUCAUUGCUUUCUUUGGUUGCUGUGGAGCUAUUCGUGAAAGCCAUUGCAUGGUUAUUACUUUUGCAAUACUACUGUUGACUCUUCUUAUUAUCAAAGUUUCUGUAGCUUCAUAUAUCUUUAUACAAAAUGGAAAUAAAAUUGAAGAAAAGAUUUUCAAGGAUUUGGAGAAAUCUAUAAAGCAAUACUUCAAUAGUAAUGAAGCUAUUCGGACAAAAGUGGAUUCUAUUCAAUUUGUGUUCCAAUGCUGUGGAUACAACUCUUAUAAUGAUUACUUAAAUGAUCAAAAAAAUACUCAAGGUAUUAUUCCAGGCAGUUGUUGUAAUAAGCAAGAAAAUCAGUUUUGUCAUACCUCUGAAGCAUCAAAGGUAGAAGGAUGUGGAAAAAUCUUGUAUUCUUUUAUUAUAUAUUAUGGUAGUGCUUUAUGUGGCUUAGCUCUUGGUAUUGCUGUUAUUGAGUUGAUUGGUAUUAUCUUCUCCUUUUGCUUGGCCAAUUCGAUAAGAAAUGUUGAACGUCGUGGUUACAAAGUUUAAAUUCAAAUCAAGAAAUAUUUUUUCAAACACUAAUUUUUUCAUGCAAGUUUUAUACU